CGUUGACUCCGUCUGUGACUCCAGCGCCUGCAUCCAGACCUGCAAGAACCGCUGUCCAAGAAAUACAAAACGCAACCAUGGAUUCCAUGCUCCCCAUCAUCGGCAGCUCCAAGUCUGCCCUCCUGCUUGGUGCAGGCUUCGUCACUCGUCCUACAGCGGAGAUUCUAGGAAAUUCGGGCGUCAGCGUCACAGUUGCCUGCAGAACAUUGGAGAGCGCGAAAAAGCUCGCCAGCGGCAUCAAGAACGCGUCUGCUAUCAGCCUCGAUGUCACGGAUGAGAAAGCGCUCGAUGCGGAGGUUGCCAAAGUCUCUCUUGUUAUCAGCUUGAUCCCUUAUACCUUCCAUGCCACCGUUAUUGAGUCUGCGAUCCGAAACAAGAAGCAUGUUGUUACCACAUCCUACGUCAGCCCUGCUAUGAUGGAGCUGGACCAAAAGGCCAAAGACGCAGGCAUCACAGUCAUGAACGAGAUUGGGCUCGACCCAGGAAUCGACCAUCUCUCUGCCGUCCUUACGAUUGACGAGGUUCACAAGGCUGGUGGCCGAGUCUUGAGCUUCUUGUCGUACUGUGGAGGACUUCCAGCGCCCGAGAACUCCGACAACCCACUCGGAUACAAGUUCAGCUGGAGCUCUCGCGGUGUGCUACUCGCCCUCCGAAACCCCGCCAAAUACUACAAGGACGGCAAGGUCGUUGAUGUGACAUCCGAAGGACUGAUGGCUACCGCCCAACCCUACUACAUCUAUCCCGGCUAUGCCUUCGUCGCCUACCCAAACCGCGAUUCUACUCCAUACAGGGAGCGCUACCAGAUCCCCGAGGCGCAGACCAUCAUCCGAGGUACUCUGCGCUAUCAAGGUUUCCCAGAGUUCAUCAAGACCCUCGUGGACAUCGGUUUCCUCAGUGACGAGGAGAAAGAUUAUCUCAAGCCCGGCUCUCGGAUCAGCUGGAAGGAGGCUACCUCAAAGAUCGUUGGUUCUACCUCCCGCGCCGAAGAGGACAUCAUUUGGGCUAUCAGUUCGCGCACCACCUUCAAGAACAACGAUGAGAAGGAUCGCAUCAUCGAUGGACUGCGCUGGAUUGGGCUUUUCAGCGAUGAGGACAUCACCCCGCGCUCCAACCCGCUCGAUACCCUAUGCGCCACUUUGGAGAAGAAGAUGCAGUACGAGGAGGGCGAGCGUGAUUUCGUCAUGCUCCAGCACAAGUUCGAGAUCGAGAACAAGGACGGUAGCAAGGAGACACGUACGUCGACACUAUGCGAAUACGGUGACCCCAAGGGCUACUCUGCAAUGGCGAAGUUGGUGGGUGUGCCCUGCGCCGUCGCGGUGCAGCAGGUGUUGGACGGCACCAUCAGCGAAAAGGGCAUUCUCGCUCCCAUGUCACCUGAGAUCUGCAGACCUCUGCUGAAGACGCUGACGGAGAAGUAUGGAAUCACCAUUCGGGAGAAGACAAUCUCGUAGAUGGGUGACAGAGGACAUACGGGCCUCCGUUUUUGGGAUGCUUGAUGGCGCUUGGUGAUCAUUCACGACUUAUGAUGGACAAGCCGCGUCUUAGGUAGAUCCCGAUUACAAGACAAUCAGUGGAUCUCAGUACAGGAAUACAAAAAAGUCUCGUGCUUACCUGCGACCAAACGCUGUACAUGGUGCAUAACCCCGAAGUCACACUCCACACGCUCGUAAUCACGUUCUCGCGUCACAGCGGUGCACUCAUCUAAUUCACAGCCUUCGAUUCGGUACACAACGGGUCGAUCUAUGUUCAUAUCCCCACAAAACAAUCGAUGGGGUAUAUACGAUUUAGCGUGUACCUCGAGAACUUCAAGACAUGCACCUCCUUCGCUAUUAUUUCCCAAAAAAGUCCCAGCAUCCUCAUCCAUUAGAUCCGACCGUCUAGUCAUGAAACACAUUUCCAAAAAG